GGAAAACAAGACUGACGAAGUAUUAGCUAACUGGUUGGUAGUGCUAGCUAGUCCUGUGCGCUGGCUAGCUGGUAGGCCUACAUUUGGUGGCGGUGCUUUGGAGAACUGGAUAUCAGCGACAGAAGAGCACAUCGUCGCAGGCAUAAUGUACCAUUUUGUUGACUUGGAGAAGCCUGUUCUGUUUUGCUUCAGACCUGACCCCCGGACCGGUUGGCUGACAGGUUGGAAGGGGAGGAAGCUGCCCUUCCAGCCACCCUGGUGGGUCCUGGUGCCCGGAGAGUGGCUGCCUGCCAGUCUGCCUCGAUCACUUUCUGGCUUACAGGAGCCGAGGGGGACAGCCAUACAAGGAGUCCAGGCGCCUGAGAGACGGCCCCCUGCAUCCUCCAGGCCCCGCCCACAGCAGAGCUGCCCCACAACACUGGAGAUCUGGCAAAAGAUAGAGCGGAAAAAAAGAGAGAGAAAAUUAGAUCGACAAAGGCAUAUUCGGAGAGAGAAAGAGAGAGGGGGAGAGGGAAACUGAAGAACAGAGAGGCAUCUAUUAUCAAAGCGAUGGAGCAACACUAAAAGGAAAAUAGAGAGAGACAGAGCAUCACGGCAAAUUCUGUCUAUCUUGCAACUUUUGGACCAUCAUCACAAUUUAAUAGGAAUUUGAAAAGCCACAGCACUGCAACAAAUCUGUCUUCUAAGAGAGAGAGAGAAAGAGACAGGGGGAGAGAGGGAGAGAGGGAGGGAGAAAGAAAGACAGGACGCAGCCGGAAGCAUUUACCCCUACCUCUCUGGAACACUUUAAGCAUACUCUUGUCAAACAAGCCAUAGACAUAACUGCAUACUUAUAAUGACACUGCGCUGAAUGCAGACUGAGGUGUGCCUCCUUAGUGAAGUCUGCUACCCACUCUGUCCUAGCAGAGAGGACCUCUCUCUGCUGUGUUGUGAGCCAGACCUAUUUUCUCCGAGCUAUUCUAAUGGCCUGACAUUUAGGCUCGUGUCCCACGAGGUCCACACCACACCCUGACCUCUUUCACGAUGACAGCUCCACGCUCCCCUCUCUCCUCCAUGCCUCCCGCUUCUGUCUCCUGUUCUUGAAGCCUCUACAUUCACACAGGAAAACGCACGCACGCACGCACACCGAGGAUGGAGGCCAGCCAGCUUCUUUCUUGAGGCCCCUGCUCUGUUUGAAUGAGUAGGCCGGACCCAGCCUUCCUUUUCCUCCUCAUUCGAGACGGUCAAAUCGAAUCCCUCCCCCGUUUGGCCCCCUCCUCCCAGCAUCACUCUCGUCCUCACGACCCCAGAGAGUCGCACUAACGAGCAAGAUGGCAGCUGGGGUGGCAACAUGGCUGCCCUUCGCCCGGGCAGCUGCUGUGGGCUGGCUCCCUCUGGCCAAAAUCAUGCCCAAGCCUCCCGUGGAGAAGAAGAGCCGCAGCGACGAGAUCCUGUUUGUCAACGUGAGCGGCCAGCGCUUCCAGACGUGGAAGAACACCCUGGACCGCUACCCAGACACCCUGCUGGGCAGCUCCGAGAAGGAGUUCUUCUACAACGAGGACACUCAGGAAUACUUCUUCGACCGGGAUCCCGAGAUGUUCCGGCACAUCCUGAACUUCUACCGCACGGGCAAGCUGCACUACCCACGCCACGAGUGCAUCCAGGCCUUCGAAGAGGAGCUGGCCUUCUACGGCAUCGAGCCGGAGAUCAUCGGCGACUGCUGCAUGGAAGAGUACCGCGACAGGAAGAAGGAGAACCAGGAGCGGCUGGCCGAGGACACGGAGGCGGAGAACGCCGGCGACGCGCCCCUGCCGCCCGACAGCACGUCGCGGGAGCGGCUGUGGCGGGCCUUCGAGAACCCCCACACCUCCACCAUGGCGCUGGUCUUCUACUACGUGACGGGCUUCUUCAUCGCCGUGUCGGUCAUCGCCAACGUGGUGGAGACGGUGCCGUGCCGGCCCAUCAAGGGCAGCGUGAAGGACCUGCCCUGCGGGGAGAAGUACGGCCUGGCCUUCUUCUGCAUGGACACGGCCUGCGUCCUCAUCUUCACCUUCGAGUACCUGGCGCGCCUGUUUGCCGCGCCCAGCCGCUGCGACUUUGCGCGCUCCGUGAUGAGCGUGAUCGACGUGGUGGCCAUCCUGCCCUACUACAUCGGCCUGGUGAUGCCCGAGAACGAGGACGUGAGCGGGGCCUUCGUCACGCUGCGCGUGUUCCGGGUCUUCCGCAUCUUCAAGUUCUCCCGUCACUCGCAGGGCCUGCGUAUCCUAGGUUACACGCUGAAGAGCUGCGCCUCAGAGCUGGGCUUCCUGCUCUUCUCCCUCACCAUGGCCAUCAUCAUCUUCGCCACCGUCAUGUUCUACGCCGAGAAGGGCACCAGGGGCAGCAGCUUCACCAGUAUCCCAGCAUCCUUCUGGUACACCAUCGUCACCAUGACCACCCUGGGGUGA